UUUGUAUCGCGAUCCAUUGUGUUAUAUAAAUCCCCAACGCGGCUUCACUAUCGGCCAUUUCGUCUGCGCAAGGCCGUCGGUUGUAGAGGGCAGUGGGGGUAUAUCGUGUGUACUGUUUAACUGAAAGGCAUUUCAAGAACAUCGCACCAUGAAUGAGACAGCUAUUUCAUUCGCCAAGGAUUUCUUGGCCGGUGGCAUCUCCGCUGCCAUCUCCAAAACAGCUGUCGCCCCAAUCGAGAGAGUGAAGCUUCUCCUUCAGGUCCAGCAUGCCAGCAAGCAGAUCACCGUAGAUAAGCAGUACAAGGGUAUCAUGGACUGUGUUGUCCGUAUCCCCAAGGAGCAGGGAUUCCUUUCCUUCUGGAGAGGUAACCUUGCCAAUGUCAUCAGAUAUUUCCCCACCCAGGCCCUCAACUUCGCCUUCAAAGACAAGUACAAGAAGAUCUUCCUUGAUGGCGUCGACAAGCGCACCCAGUUCUGGCGGUACUUCGCCGGUAACCUGGCCUCUGGUGGCGCUGCCGGAGCCACCUCUCUCUGUUUCGUGUACCCCCUCGACUUCGCCCGUACCCGUCUGGCCGCUGAUGUGGGAAAGGCUGGAGCCGGAAGAGAGUUCAGUGGUCUGGGAGACUGCCUGGUUAAGAUCUUCAAGUCUGAUGGCCUGAAAGGCUUGUACCAGGGCUUCAAUGUGUCUGUGCAGGGCAUCAUCAUCUACAGGGCUGCAUACUUUGGCAUCUAUGACACGGCUAAGGGUAUGCUUCCAGACCCCAAGAACACUCACAUAUUGGUGAGCUGGAUGAUUGCGCAGAGCGUGACAGCUGUUGCUGGCCUGACAUCAUACCCCUUCGACACUGUCCGUAGACGCAUGAUGAUGCAGUCUGGACGCAAAGGAGCUGACAUCAUGUACAGCGGCACCAUCGACUGCUGGCGUAAGAUCGCACGCGACGAGGGUGGCAAGGCUUUCUUCAAAGGAGCAUGGUCCAAUGUGCUCAGAGGCAUGGGCGGCGCCUUUGUGCUGGUGUUGUACGAUGAGCUGAAGAAAGUCAUGUAAUUCAUCAUGUUGUCACAUCACUGUCCAAUUUGGCUAAAUGUAAUAACUUUCCAUUUCUAUGGACUCUGCAUUCUGCCUUAUUUAUGGGAACAAACUAUAGUGUCUCACCACUAGCUGUGGGCGAUGGCUGUAAGUUGUGCAUCUUUAUGAUUUUAAACGUUCCACAUCCUCCUUACCAAUGUCAUUCCUGUUAAAGAAAUCUGAUACCUCCUCCUGUCAUUCACUAGGUUUGUAUGGUCCCAACUUGAAUAAAUUUAUUCUGGGGAACAAACUAAA